GCAAAAACUCGACUCGUAACUAAGUUGUUAUCGCAAUUAAAAGCCUUAGAUUUGCACUUGUGAAAAGCCGUGAGCGCUGGUGGGGCGGCUGGAGUCUGUGAACCCGAGUUCGAGAACAUCGGGUCGACACUUAGUAGUGUAAGCUGGGUCCGACGAAUUCCUCAGUCCCUCGCUCUCACAUCUCCCCCGCCAUCUGACUCCCACCCGCCGCACGGCAUUUCAAGCCAGCAGCAGAAAUCCAUAACACCAGCAGUUCAGUUCUGCUUAGUUCUAACAGGCCUGCUGCUUCUCUUCACUUCACAUCACUUCACGUCUCACUUGCAGCUCAGCACGAGGUCGAGUCUGCUAAUUUCGGGUCGCUGUGACCCCUCUCCUGUGGCGAGGCUUGCAGCAUCGAAAUCGCAGCUCGUUCCGGCGGGCUCGCUUCCGCCAUCGUCGGUUUGCUCGUGCGACGCAACUUGAAGCGCGUUUGACGACGCCGCCUAAGUACCCUGCAGGUAGACGCGUGGUUUUCGCCGCGAUUCCCACUUCUCCAACUCGCCUCACAAUCAUCCCGCCGCUCCUCUGGGUCGCAUGGCGGCAGUGCGAAGAUCCGCCGUCGCUGCGACUCGGCUGUGGGACUGCGUCGCAGUCGCCGCAACUGGGCGGCAGCACAUGAGCGUGGAAUCAUCUCAACACUUUAUCCCCGAUAAAGACAAGCCACGGGGCUACACCGCGCCUGUGCUCGCGCCGAGUAACCUCAGCCGUUCCUCCUCCUCCUCCUCCUCCUCGUCGGUCGCUUCCUCUUCCCUCCCCUAUGCACGGCCUUACGACUUCCUUGAGACAAAGGCGACUCGGAUAAACCACCCUCCGUGUAUUUUACGUGGCGCACUAUUCCCCGGGACAGCACACGCUCGCCGAUUCGAAUCACCCCGACCCGCCGCUUCCCCCGCCGCCAUCUCCCCCAUCCCCGCGCGCGGCAUCGCUGGAAGUUCCGCCAUCGGGAGCGCAAGUGGCGGGGAGCCUGGCGGAAUUGCGGCUGCGGGGGACGGCGGGGGAGAAGGUCACGCGAUUCUGGAGUUAAAGCUGGCGCAGACGGGCGAGGGGAUUGCGGAGUGCGAGCUGCUUCAGUGGUUCGUGGAAGAGGGCGAGGAGGUGCGCGCGUUCCAGCGCGUGUGCCAGGUGCAGAGCGACAAGGCGACAGUGGACAUCACCAGCCGCUUCCAGGGGCGCAUCCUGCGCACGCACUUCAUGCCAGGGGACAUCGUCAAGGUUGGGGAGACCCUAGUGGACAUUCUUCCUCCUGGUGCAGGCGAGCCCGCUGCCGCGUCAGCACCGCCACCUCACGACACGUCAUCACAGCCACGGCCAACAGCAACCGACUCCACCACCCCUUCCACCAACGAGCACCAUGCAGCACUGCUGGCAGUGCCAGCGGUGCGCCACCUGGCGAAGACGCAUGGGAUCAACCUGGCUGACGUGGAGGGUACGGGCAGGGACGGGCGCGUGACUAAAGAGGACGUGCUUGCAUACGUGCAGUCACGACAGGGCGUGGAGGAAGAGAUGCGCAUGGAAGAGCACGUGCUAGAGGGGCCGGAACCAGCCCUGGAUGAAGCAGGGGGGGAAGGAGGAGGAGGAGGAGUAAGAGGAGGAGGAGGAGCAAAAGAAGAGAGGGGGGUGGCGGCAGGGGAGGAAAGGGAGAGGGAAAUGGCAGCAAGGGUUGGAGUUGCUGCAGGUUUGGAGGGUAUGGGUGUGAGCGGGAGGGCUCAUUUGGACGACGUGGACUCGAGCGAUGUUCUGCUGCCCAUGCGCGGGUACCGGCGCGCCAUGGCGCGGGCAAUGGCGGCAGCGCUGGCGGUGCCGCACUUCACCUUCAUGGACGAGGUUACGAUGGAUGCUGCGCUCGCUCUGCGCUCCCAACUCAACGCUUCCUCUGCCGCUGCCGCCGCCGCUGCUGGUGCUGCUGGUGCUGGUGUUCCUGGGUCUGGGUCUGGGUCUGCUGCUAGAGCUGCUGAUAAGGCGGCGGCGGCGGGUGGGGCAUCAGCGGUGCGGCUGACGCACCUGCCGAUCCUGGUGAAGGCGCUGUCGGUGGCGCUGCAGGACUUCCCCACGCUCAACAGCACGCUGGACGACGCCUCCCUGCAACACUUGCGCUGCAAACGGGCGCACAACAUCGGCAUUGCCAUGGCUACGCCAUCUGGCCUUGUGGUUCCCAACGUCAAGAACUGCCAGAGCAAGUCCAUCCCCCAGAUCGCAGCGGACAUCGCUCGGCUGCGCCGCCUGGCCCUGCUGAACCAGCUGCCCAACGAGGACGUGACAGGUGGCACCAUCUCCAUCUCCAACAUCGGCAGCAUCGGCGGCACGUACGCCACGCCGCUCGUCAACCUGCCUGAGGUCGCCAUAGUGGCGCUGGGGAGAGUGCACACGGUGCCCCGCUUUGAUGCUGAUGGGAACGUGCUUCCAGUCUCGCUCAUGAAUGUGAGCUGGUCAGCAGACCACCGGGUGAUAGACGGUGCGACGCUGGCAGCCUUCUCUUCCCGCUGGAAGUCCUUUAUAGAGUGCCCCGCCAACCUGUUGCUGCACCUCAUGUAGAGCCUGAUCUAAGGUUGGUUUUUAGACGUCUCAAAGCCAACCUUAUAGAGUGCCCUGCCAGCCUACUGCUGCACCUCAUGUAGAGCCUGAGCCUCCUUGAGCCUCCGUGUAGAACCCCACCUGCUCCUGCUGCCCGCCUGCCCAGCCCAUGUCUCCAAUCCGAACCUGCGUCCGACCCGCUUGUGUCUGCCUGCCAGGUUGCUCAUCCCUGGGUCUUGACCUCACUAGAGCACACCCACCGUGCUGGAGAAGAGAAUCUGCGUCAUGGCUGCACGUGGCACUUGGUGCCUCACCUGCUCUCUCCGCUUUCUGCUUUCUCUACUUUGUGCUCUCUCUGCUCUCUGCUCUCUGCUCUCUGCUCUCUCUGCCCUCUCUGCGCUCUCUGCUCUCUGCCCCCUCUGCUCUCAUUGCUGUCUGCUGGGUUGUACAGGCUGUGUCCACACUAUGCAUCCGCACAGUACAUGCUGUCUGGUGCACUGUACAUUCACAUUGCAUUGUAUAUUCUUGUAUAUAACACUCCUCUCCAACUUACUACCAGCUCCGCAAGGACCGGUAAAGUACGGUACUGGCAGAGUAUUGUUGUAGGCUGAACCACCGAUUUGAAUUAACACUAAACCAGAAACCCUAAG